AUGGGAGUUGUAGUCAAAGUUCCUGGGGGAUGGGAUGCUCCUGAAUCAGAGGAAGGGUGGGGGGGAGCGGGGAAGGGCCAACGAGUGGUCCCCUUCCCUGGGUCCCAGGGCGCCAUGGCCGAGGCCCGCCAGGCAGCGACCUUCCGCUUAGACUUGGGACAGGGGACUCCGGGGCGGAGAUGGUGGAAUCCAGCCUUGAAGGAGGUCGGCAGCGCCGGGCUGCGCUCCUGGAGGCGGAGCCUGGCCCAGUGCAGGGAUGACAUCUUAUCUGGAGCUUGCCCGGCUGGCCCAGCCAGCGGCCUCUUCCUCUUCGCUGCUAUCCAGGGCUCACGGUUCAUGCAACUGGACCCGUCUUUGGGGCUGGUGGACUGGAUGAAGGCCAGCCUCCCAGACUGGAGUGCGCGCUGGCUCCCAGGCUUCCAAGGGGCUCUGGCGGCCACCAUCUUCGCCGGGGGCCUCUGGACGGCCCUGCUGCUGACCCUGCAUGUGGUACUGCGGCUCCUCCUACGCUACCAGGGCUGGCUGAGUGAGCCUCGGGGGACCCUGUCCUUACCCACACGCUCCUGGCUGGCCCUGGUCAGGAUCUUCUCCGGCCGCCGCCCGACACUCUACACAUACCAACGCUCCCUGCCCUGCCUACCCCUGCCCUCUACAGCGGGCACGGUGGCCAAGUACUUGGAAUCUGUGCGACCGCUGCUGUCGGAUGAGGAUUUCCAGGCCCUGAGCAGCCAGGCCCAGAUGUUCCUACACACAGAGGCCCCCCAGCUACAAGCUCUUCUGGGCCUCAAGGCCUGGUGGGCAGCCAACUACGUGAGUGACUGGUGGGCAGAGUACGUCUACCUGCGGUCCCGAAGCCCCCUGCUGGGCAACAGCAACUUCUAUAUCCUGGACUUCCUGUCUGUGGCCCCCACUCCCCUGCAGGCCGCCAGAGCCGGGAACGCUGUGUACGCCAUGAUGAGAUUCCGGGAGCAGCUUGGCCGCGGGGAGGUUGAGCCCGCAACGCUGCUGGGGAUGCGCCCGCUGUGCUCGGCCCAGUACCGGCAGAUGUUCAACACCACUCGGAUCCCUGGCGUCUCCGGAGACCGGCUGUAUCACGUCAGGGAUGGCUGCAGCCGCCACGUGGCUGUCCUGCACCGGGGCCGCUUCUUCUGCCUGAGGACCCAUGGGGGGCCGGGGGGCCGCUUGCUGAGCCCCCGGGUGCUGGAGCAGCAGCUUCAGCACAUACUGGAUGACCCGGCCCCAGCCCGGCCUGCAGAGGAGCACCUGGCCGCCCUGACGGCUGCCCCCAGGGCCCUAUGGGCUCAGGCUCGGGCCUCCCUGCAGGCAGCGGACAGGAGCACGCAGGCCCCCUUGGAGGUGGUGGAGGGCGCUGCCUUCGUCAUAUGUCUCGAGGAGGCCCCAGGACCCUCGGGGACGUCCCCCGAGCUGGAUGAGCGAGCACGCUCCGUGCUGGUGGGAACUGGCCACAGCAGGUGGUUCGACAAGUCUCUGAAUCUCGUGGUCUUUGCCAGUGGACGCAUGGGGCUGAACGUGGAGCACUCCUGGGCCGACACCCCCGUCCCUUCGCACAUGUGGGAGGCUGUACUGGCUGCUGAGUGCUUUGAACUUGGCUACGCAGCUGAUGGGCAUUGCAGAGGGACCCCCGACCCCACAGUGGGACCCCCCGAGCGGCUCCUGUGGACGGUGCCUGAGGAGGUGGCUGUGUCCCUCCCCCUGGCUCUGCGGGAGGCCCAGGCCUUGGCUAGAGACACCGACUGCCAUAUCCUUCCGUUCACCCACUUUGGGAGAGGAUUCACCCGGCGCUGCCAUACCCCGGGAAGCAGCUUUGUGCAGCUAGCCCUGCAGCUGGCCAGAUUUCGGGACCAAGGCGGCUUCUGUCUGACCUACGAGGCGUGUGUGACGAGAUCGUUUCACGAGGGCCGCACGGAGACCAUCCGGCCGUGCACGGUGGAAGCCUGCGCCUUUGUCAGGGCCAUGGAGGACCCGAGGCUGACGGAUGCCCAACGCCUGACCCUCUUCCGAGUGGCGGCGGAGAAGCACUGGACACUGUGUCGGGCGGCCCUGACCGGCGAGGGCGUCGAUCGACACCUCUUCUGCCUGUAUCUCGUCUCUCAGCUCCUCUGUCUCCCAUCCCCAUUCUUGACCCAGGUUCGGGCCGAGCGAUGGAAACUCUCCACCAGCCAGAGCCCGAAGCACCAGCCACAACUGUUUGAUCCAGCCAAUCAUCCAGAUUAUGUUUGCUGCGGGGGCGGCUUUGGGCCUGCGGAUGACGAUGGCUAUGGCGUGUCUUACAUCUUCAUGGGGGAGAGCACGGUCACUUUCCACAUCUCCUGCAGAGUCUCCAGCCCUGACACGGAUUCCCGGCGGUUUGGGCAGCACAUUCAGGAUGCAAUGCUGGAUGUGGCCGCACUCUUUGGCCUAGGCACUGGGCCCAGCACAAGGGCCCGGUCAGGUGAGGCAGCCAGGGAGGGCAAGGAUUCUGUGAGGGCCUCCCGAGGGCCUGAGCCCCAGCAGGCACCCUCAGCCCCCCACGAGCCAGAGCACUGAGGGAGCUGCUCUCACCUGUGGGGGCUGGACAGAUGGGCUCCUGGCAGGCCCUGAAGAAGACUGAGGAGCAAAGCUGGCAUCACGGCAUCUGGAAUAGUGGGGGCCACGAUUGCAAGCUGAGCCCAGCCUCACCUGCCAUCUGCUUGUUGUCACCUGGUCUGGGUCCAGCUUCUUCUCCACCCUACACUGAUCUCAGCCCAUCCUCUUCCUGUAUCCUCAUCCCUAAUGUGAACUCCGAUCCUUCUGGUCUUGGCCCCCAUCCCACCACCAGCCACAGCCCGUCCACAGGCUGGAGUCUGCCACGGCUUGACACUGUUCCGUAGGCCGGGGUCAACCCCAGCCUUACUCCAUUCCGUAGGCCGGGGUCGACCCCAGCCUUACUCCAUUCUGUAGGCCGGGGUCAACCCAAUCCUGACCCCAUACCAUAGGUUAAGGUCAACCUCAGUCUUACCCCGUUUCAUAAAUUGAGGUCAACUUCAACCAUACCCCAUUCCACAGGCUAAACCUAGCCCCAGCCUUACCCUAUUCCAUAGGGUAAACUCGGCCUCAACUCCAGCUGAUCCAGAGGCUAAGCUUAGCUCCGGCAAUAGCCUUGAAUAUAAUUUGAUCUUAGCCCCAUCACAGGCCUUUCUCCAUUCCAAGCGCUCCUGAGCCCAGGCCAGAGUCUUCAACAACUCCCCAACCUCAAGUCUGGGUCAGACCAUCCUAAAUGCCUGCCUUCACCCUUCACUCAUCAUCAGCCCCAACGUCAUCAGAAGCUGAGCCCCACAUUCAUUCCAGGGUCAAAUUAAGUUCAUCCCAGCCUACCUCAGCCCUGACUGCAUCAGAACAUCCAGUUACCUACAGCCCAGCUUCAACUCGACCCUUAACUGAAUUUGCCUAAGGGAGCCACUAUUAAGCACCUACUAUGUGCCAGGCAGUGUGUUUGAAGCUGGGAAAAUGGAGACAGUGAGAUAGUCCCUGCCCUCGAGAAGUUGACAUUUUACUGAGUGGAAAUAGAAAGACUGAAGGAGUAAAUAGGAAGGGUUUUUGUUGUCUUGGGGCGGGGUGGGAGUGUUAACAACUGGAAAGGUCUGUUGUAGGAGGAGAUUUGACUGGACCUUGAAUGGAGUUGAGGGUUUCAAGAUGUGGAGGACAUUUUACACAUGGAGGACGCUUGUACAAGGGCGUGGAGGUGGAUCACUGGUUAGACCCCCCAGGCCUGGAGUCGAGAAGACCUCAGGUCCCAUCCUGGCUCACAGUAGCUGUGUGACCCUGGGCAGGUCACUUCACUUCUGUUUGCCUCAGUUGCAUUACCUGUAAAAUGGGAAUAAUAAUAGCACCUAUCUCCCAGGGUUGUUGGGAAGAUCGAGUGAGAUCUUUGUAAUGUGCUUUGCUAACCUGAAAGAGCCGUAUGAAUAAAUCCUAGCUAUUGUUUGGU